CAUUUACAGAAAAAGUACCUCAACAGUUUUUCCCCUUUGAGAGUUGUCUUGAGAUGUAUAUAAACAUGCAUUUGGUCCAUAGCAGCCAUCAGUAACAUUUACUUAGAUUUGUGAAAUAUUUUUGUUUCAUUUAAGUAAAAAUGGUUAAAUUCGUUGUGAUUUUUUCUGUGGCCUUGUUGGCUGUAGCCAGUGCUUUGCCAGUUAUGGUUCAAGAUGACCAAGGACAGCAAUACUAUUUGGAACCAGUUGACUUGUUGAGUCGACACAGACGAGAUGAACCAAGAUUACCCGGUCCUAACGAUCCAAAAGCAUUCGGCCAAUAUGGUGCCAAUGGUAAGACGCAAGGUGGUUUUUUGAGCUAUCAAAAUCCUGAUGGUUCUGGUUUGAGUGUUGGUCAUGGUCACCACAACGGAUUUGGUCAUACUGUUUCCGUAGAUGGCGCAUAUCCAAUUUGGUCGAGUAAAAAUGGUUUCGGUCAGUCUACUGUUAAUUUGGGUGCUGGAGCCACCAAUCAUUAUGGGGGUUGGCCUGGAAAUAUGAAUUUGGACAAAAGGGUUGGAUUGAGUUUCAACCAUAGAUUCUAAUGACUGAAAAAUAUUGAUUGUGAUAGGAUUUUGAAUGUUACUUUAAUAAAUUAAUUAUGUUGUUUAAUGUAAAUUUUCCUUAUCACUGGAAUUUAA